AGCUCAUCAGCAGCAUAGCGCCAGUAUUCAGAACGGGCAAAUUAACUUUGUAGACAUCUUACGUAACAGGGAAAAGCUUCAUUGCGAUUAACUUAUUGACCAAUUUUGCAACUGGUCUGAAAUAAUAAGGAUUAUUAAAGCACUCCCUUUCAUUUCCGGCAAAUGUAAGUAAGGUACUUGCCAAAAAGAUACAAACUAAUUUAAAAGAGCGAAAGUUUCCAAACUAUUACUAAACGUAAAAAAACUGCCGCUCCUACGUGAGUAAUUGUUUAUAUUUGUCCCGAUGGUAGAGAAGUGCAAUUGAGGCCAAGCUAUGUAUAAAUAGUAAUGCUAUCAGCACAAAGCUCAGCAUAAGUCAGUUGUCCUCAGAAGAAUGCAUUUCGAAAAAACACGAAGCUGCCGGCCCGUUAUGCCACAGAUGCUUCUACUGAUUGUUCUAACUGCUGGUGCCUGGUGUGCUUCCAGCUCCAAGCCGAUGGAGAAGCGGAGUCUCGCUCUGGACGAAGCUAGCAUUCCCUGGGCUGUAACGAACGGUCCGCGAGCUUUGAACGGUGGCCCCUGGAACCUUGGUUGGCCCAGUUGGAGUGGGGGACACACCUCGCUGGGAAUCGGGCCGACACCUAAUGAAGUAGCUCACUCUAUCUCGUUAGCUAAGCAGGCCUCAGCCAAUGUUCUUAUAGCGCAGCAGCAUUUGCAAGCGGCUAAGGAGAACGUGCUGAACCAGCAACGCAUCGCCACGGAAAGACAAACUCAGGCAGUAAUACUGAAGCAAAAGUCUCAAGCGGCGGCUGCGAUUCAACGUUCUGAGGCGAUACAGCAGCGUCUUGCUGCCUCAAAGGCAGCGGUGGCACAUGCUGCUGCUCAUGCAGCUGCUGCGGAAAUCCAGAAAACCGAACAGGAGGCGGCCAAGCUUGGCCACUUCACAAGAAACGCGCACCCAGGAGCUGAAACGAUCGGAUUUGGGCAUUGGCUCUCUGGCAGUACCGCAGGGAAAUCUGUCAAUAAUUGGUACUAAAGAAUGAAAAGAAAUCGCUAGAUGAGGAGCUGGUUUGCGUGCUUAGCUGUAAGCAAUUUUUGUUAUAAUAAAUAUAAUUAAUUAUAUAUCCGCCACUCCAAAUUCGGCGCAAUGAGUAAAUGGUUUAUACA